AUGCCUUCAUGUGUAUUGAGGUACUGUGUAAACCACUCGAGAAAAAUAAGCAAAGAACAAGGAGUGACUUUUCACACUUUUCCCGGGCCUGAUCAUGAAAAUAGAGAGUCGUGGAUUCAAUUCGUUCAGAAGAAUCGCAGUGAAAAAAUGUGGUUACCCACAAAAUAUUCACGCAUAUGUUCCGCGCACUUCAAAGAAGAUGAUAAAUACAUCACAAAAACAGGACGAGUUUACUUGAAGAAAUCUGCAGUACCAAGCGAUCAUCCAACAAAAUCUCCAGAACCGGAAGUGAUAGAACCGUUGUCAGAAUCAGUAAGCAGUUCGGAUUCAAUUUUCGAUUCGCCGAAAAAAAUUGCACUUAAAAAACACUUACGCAAAGAAUCUGCUACUAACGAGAAACUUAUAGAAAAAAUUAUGAAAAUACAGAGACAAAAUACUUAUCUCAAGAGAAAAUGUGCCUUCUACAAAACAAUUUUGCAAAAUUUAAAAGAUAAAUUCAAUCUGGAUCUGGAUUUAAAUUCUCAGAAUGAUUUAAUGACUAAAGUGGAAGUUAUCAACUUACAUAAACCUAUAAUAAAGAAAAAUAAACGAAGCAAGCAUUAG